AUGUCCAAGCAGGACUUGGCCGUAGCCCCAAUAUUCCGCAGCCGCACAGAGAGGGGCCCGCCUCGUGCAGACGACCCGCCAGAAUCAGACUACGAUUCAGAAAUUAGUGAUCUGAGUAACGGCAGAGACACUGCACCAGUAACCAAGAAGGAUCUUAAAGGGUUCAUCAGGGACAUUAAUGCCAACAUGGCCACUGAACUGGCGAAACACAUUAAAGCAGGCCUUGACGCAAUAGAAGGCAAAAUGGAGGACCUUACCACAACUACCUCCAACCACGAUUCCGCCAUCCCAGACCACCAAGACCAACUGUGUAACCUGGAAGACUUAAACAACAGGUCUAGGCCUGAGGCCUGCCAGAAACAGUGA